AUGACCCUCCUCCGGGCCUGCCUGCUUUUCGCCUGCACCUCCACCCUAUUCACCACCACCUUGGCUGCCUCGAAACCUAUCCCCACGAGCGCCUCAUCCACCUUCCCACAAUGCGGUAUCGACUGCAGUAUCUUGAAAUCCGCACAGGAUAGUUGUGUCGCCGGCGCCGAAUCCACCUGGAAUUCCUGCUUCUGCGAGUCCUCUCUGCUCACCACGCUGAAAACCUCCGGCGCUAUCUGCAGCAACUGCGACUCCUCCGACCAGACCACUCUCUCCAGCUGGUACAAUAGCUACUGCAAAUCCGGUGGCAGCACGACUAGCACCACCAGUACUGCGACUGCCGCGACGGCCACCACCGGAACUUCUACCUCGACCGCGACCGCCGCGUCCAGCGGCUCUAAGAAUGCCACCACCGAAGAAAACAAGUCUUGGUGGAGCACCCACUACCAAUGGGUUGUCAUGCUGAUCGUCCUGGUCAUCGGCUUCUCGGCCCUCGCCGUCUUGGGCGUUUGGCUUAAACGUCGCUACGAAGCGAGACAUCCCGGUCUCUACGCUCCCAACGCCGCCAGCAGCAGCGGUGCCCUGCCUGUUAAACCUGGCUCGGUUAAUGAUUCGGGUGUGCUGAGCCCCCCCGCCACCAGGUUGGGGGUCCCAACCGCCCGUCUCCCAGACCCAAGGUGCUGGUGUUGGUCCUGUGCAGUCGGGUUCACUGGCUAG